AUGGCGAAAUCGGAGAAGUCAAAAUCCAAACUUCCUCCUUAUGUCAAUUCCUCCGCCAAAAUCCACCCUUCUAAUGAUCCAGAAACCGAUCCUAAUUCUUACUCGCUCGAGAAAUUUAGACUUUACGAGACUAGACAGAGAUUUUAUCUAGUUGGGAGUGAUAGGAACAAGAAAUUGUUUCGGGUAUUGAAGAUUGAUCGAUCAGAGCCGUCUGAUCUCAAUAUUAGUGAAGACCCAGUUGUUUAUUCACCGCUAGAAAUAAAAAACUUGCUCCAGCGAAUUGCUGAAGGGAAUCGUGCCACUGGGGGGCUAAAUUUUGUAGUGAAGGCUUAUGGGAUUGCAGGUUGCAUUAAGUUUCUGGAAUCAUAUUAUUUGAUUCUAGUGACAAAGCGACGGCAAAUAGGAUUUAUUUGUGGUCAUGCUGUGUAUGGCAUAGAUGAGAGCCAAUUGAUUACCAUUCCUCAUGUAUCAGUUCAAACUGAUGUGGCUCAUUCUAAAGCUGAGCUAAGGUACAAGAAGCUAUUAUCUAGUGUAGAUUUGACCAAAGAUUUUUUCUUUAGUUAUACAUAUCCCAUAAUGCAAAGCUUGCAAAAGAAUGUGACGUCAAUGGGUGAAGAUGGAAUGCCAUAUGAUAACAUGUUUGUGUGGAAUGCAUAUCUAUCACGAGCUAUUCGGUCUAGAUGUGGUAAUACUAUUUGGACGAUAGCAUUAGUGCACGGAAAUUUUAAGCAGAUCAGGCUGUCAAUCUUUGGGAGAGACUUCAGUGUUUCGCUGGUUUCUAGACGCUCUCGACAUUUUGCUGGUACCCGGUAUGUUUUGGAUAGAGCAAGUUUGUCUAUGUGUACGGCUCAGUUGCAUCUUCAAGUUUCAUGUUUUACCACAAAAUAA